CCUGCGACAGGCUCCGUGGAGAAAUAAAACCUACGAUUUAAGCAAGACAAAACGCGCUUCGUUUAUUUAUUUACUUAAUCGAUCAACUCCUUUACCGCAGAUAAAGUACGUCAGUAUGGUCGAGGCGAUAUCUGUUUUUGACUCGUCGUGUUUAAAUUAUUCCCUCGAAGAAAAGUGAAUCAAACCCCUUUCCCUCCCCACUCCACUCCACUAUUGUCAGAGUGCUGCGUCAGUUCCGGUGUGUUCAGUGCGGGGUUUGGCGAGGCAAGAUGGCGGCCCCUGAUGAGCAGGAAUUAUCUCAGGAGCAGACUGAGAAACUCCUCCAGUUUCAGGACUUGACUGGGAUAGACUCCAUGGAUCAAUGUCGUCGCACCUUGGAGCAACACAAUUGGAACAUUGAGGCAGCUGUACAGGACAGAUUGAAUGAGCAGGAAGGGGUCCCCAGUGUAUUUAACCCUCCUCCCUCCCGUCCAUUACAAGUCAAUACCGCAGACAACAGAGUCUAUAGCUACAUAGUGUCAAGGCCGCAGCCCAGAGGGCUCUUAGGAUGGGGUUACUACUUAAUAAUGCUUCCAUUCCGAUUCACAUAUUACACUCUACUGGAUAUAUUCAGGUGGCCCUGGGAAAGGAGGCGGUGGUCUCGUUGGGAAUUACCUGGAUUUGCUCUGAGGUUCAUAAGGCCGGAGCCCCGUGGUCGUGUUACAGAUCCUGUAGGUGACGUGGUAUCAUUUAUUCAUGGUUUUGAAGAGAAGUAUGGCAGAUCACAUCCAGUUUUCUACCAGGGAACAUACAGCCAGGCAUUAAAUGACGCCAAGCGUGAGCUUCGGUUUCUGUUGGUUUAUCUCCACGGAGAUGAUCAUCAGGAUACUGAUGUGUUCUGUCGCAACACUCUUUGCACAGAGGAAGUUCUGAACUUUGUUAACACCAGGAUGCUCUUCUGGGCUUGUUCCACCAGCAGACCCGAAGGAUACAGAGUAUCCCAGGCAUUGCGAGAGAAUACGUACCCUUUCCUGGCCAUGAUCACGCUGAAGGACAGAAAGAUGACUGUUGUGGGGAGGUUAGAGGGUGUGAUCCAAGCAGAGGACCUCAUUAAUCAACUCACAUUCAUCAUGGAGGCCAACCAGACUUACCUGGUGUCGGAGCGCAUGGAAAGAGAGGAGCGGAACCAGACCCAGGCACUCAGGCUGCAGCAGGACGAGGCCUAUCUCGCCUCCCUGCGCGCCGACCAGGAGAAGGACAGGAAGAAGAAAGAGGAGGAGGAGCAGAAGAGGAGACAGGAGGAGGCGGCCAGACAGAUCGUACUAGCCGAGGAGAGGAGACAGCAGACUUUGCAGGAAGAGAAGGAGCGCAGGUCUGAAAGCCUCCCACCCGAACCCUCUCCGGAUAACCCCGACAGUGUGAAAAUUGUUUUCAAACUGCCCAACGAUUCCCGGGUAGAGAGACGGUUCUUGUUCACGCAGUCUUUAACGGUAAUACAUGACUUCUUGUUCUCCUUGAAAGAAACCCCAGAGAAGUUUCAGAUAGUGACUAACUUUCCCCGCCGGGUCCUGCCCUGCCUCCCCACAGAGGAGAGGCCGAUCCCACCCACGUUGAAGGAGGCUGGGCUGAGUCGCUCCGAGGUACUUUUCGUGCAGGAUCUCACGGACGAUUAAGAAACGAACCAAAUCUCUAUUGGAAUUUUUUUUUUUUUUUUUCUAAAGAGCGCACAUGGGAUCACUGAAACAAUUUGCCUGAAAGAGCCAAGAUUUUUUUUGCUUUGUUUUGUUGGGACAGAAGUAUGUACAUGUGCAUACGUUACUAUGUAUUUAACAGAAAACAAGCAUCCAGAAGGAAAAAAUAAUGCCCAAGUUAGAAAAGAAAACCCUCCAGUUUAUGAAUUAAUAAUAAUAAUAAAUAAAUGUGCAAAGUUUUGAUCUAUAAUUAACCAUAUGCAGAAUGAAUGCUUUUUUGUUAUCCCCAUUUAAUGAUAUAAAUGUAUUUAUGUUACCAGAAGACCAAAGGAGGGUUUGUGGUUAUUUAAUGGCGCUGGACUGCUUGCAGUUCUUUAAAAAAAUUAAAAAAUAAACUUACCACAGCUUUUCCCUGUGGUUCUAGCCUACAUAGCAUAGUAAAAGUCUGCCUAUAGUGUGUCUGUGGCAAUACAUAGAUGCAUAUUUUGCCAUUUUAAUAACAAUGGGCUGGUCAUGUUAAGAUGUCACUUCCCCUCCCCCAGAAGUAUAAAUUAAACCAUUUUAAAAUUUUA